GUCAAUACCUCUUAUCGUCCGGUCGCUUUUAAUUUUUGGAAAUAUAUUUGAAAAUCAAGAUUUCUACUUAAAAGUUGAUUUUUCAUUGUUUGUGUCGAAUAUUCGUUUUAUCUUAUCAUCGAAUCGUGCAAAUCAAAACAAGUGGCAAUUUGUUUAAACAAUCGAAUAAGUGCUGUGAUGUGUAUUUCGCACAUUAUCGAAACAUGAAUUGAAAGUGAAAAAUAAAUGUAAAAUGCUGAAUGUGUGAAAAAGUCAGUGGAAUAAUAAGAAGAGAAUAAAAUUUAGAAGAUUCUUGUGUUGGAAAUAUUUUCGGGAAAUUAUACAACAAUGGGAUUUUCAGCUAUGCAAGGAAAAGGAGUGCAUGAAGCACUGUUAGCUCGUCAAGACGCUGAAAUUCGUCUUAUCGAGACCAUGCGUCGUUGCUUAUCGCAAAAAGCUAAAUGUGAUCGUGAUUACGCGACAGCAUUAGUCAACGUUGCACAAACAGGCUUAAAAAUUGAUCGAAGCGACGAUUUAGCCGCUUGGAAAAAAUUCAUGGACGAAAUAGAACAGCAAUCAAAGCAAAUUCGAUUCAAUGCAGAACAGUUGGAAAAUUUAUGCAGUGAUCGAAUGACUCAGUUGUAUCAAGAUAAAAGAAAAUCAAGAAAACAAUACCAAGAAGAGCAUGCAAAAGUUGCAUCACAAUUUGCCCACUUAACUGAAGAGUAUCAAAAGAAAAAGGCUGAAUAUCAAAAGCAUUUAGACUACUAUAAGCAAUUACGAAUGCGAUUCGAAGAACAUUAUAUUAAAUCUGGUAGAGCUGGUCGUAAGUUAGACGAUGUUCGAGAUAAAUAUCAAAAAGCCUGCAGAAAACUUCAUCUUGCUCACAACGAAUAUGUUUUGCUUAUUCAUGAAGCUACUGAAGUUGAAAAGGAUUAUCGAACGAUUUUAUGGCCCAAAUUACUUGAGAAUCAUCAAACGCAACAAGAAAUGAAAAACUUAAUAGUGGAAGCCUCGAAUUUUGCCGAUCUCACUUCAGACAAAUACGCUGACAUUCAGAAACAAAUUGACGUGGCCUUGCAAUCGGUGAAUCCUACUGAAGAAUAUCGAGAUUUUACAGAGAAGCACAGAUCGUCGUCAGCUUUACCAGUGAUAUUCCGUUUCGAUGACCAGCUUAUUGAAGACACUGUUGGAAAGCUGCAACCGAACCAACUAACCGUAGAUAAUCUUACAGUCGAUUGGCUUCGUCAACGAAUCACUGAUCUCGAGAGUGCAAUAAAAGAGUGCCAGGAAAAACAAAAUAAGCUUCAAAAUGAUAGUAAUGGAAAGAUUUCACCAUCAGUAUCAAAUAGUCAGGCAUCACCAAUAAAUAAUUCUCUCAACACAUCCUUGAACUGUAUGAAUGGAAAUGGUGGAAGUUUGAAAGACAUUAAAUUCAACAAGGAACUGAGCUCUUUAAAGUGCGAGGAAAGGCAGAAAAAUAAGCUGGUAGAGAUCAUUAGAUCAGCAUUAAAUGAAGUCUCCUGUGAAGAACUCCCUAGUGGCUGUGAUGACUUAUCGGUUGAGAUGGAGAAUAACAAUCUUGUUAGCAGUGAACAAAUGACGCACACGACGCAUAUGUCGAUGUUACUUCAAAAAGGUGGCGAUUUCAUGACACUUUUAAAGACACCGUUUAGAAGGAAACGAAUAACGAUUGAAGGUGAUGGAAAACGUUCAUCAUCAACGACACCGAAAAGCGUUGAUAGUAGUAAAGAUAACAGUUUCGAAACUUCUCCACCUAAACCUCCACCACGAAAGAAACGUGCACAAAGUACAUUGAAUUUGUGUGAAAAAGAUCGAGAACAAUUUGAACUUGUUCAUUUUAAAAAUGGAAGAAAAGCAAAUAAUAAACUCGCAUUCACAAGUUUUUUUGCACCUUUUAAGAACUUUGCCCCGUCAGCAAGGGAAAAAUUAAAGCAAAGCUUUUGGAGCUUGAUGACAAUAGCGACGAAUCGACCCCUCUACGAAGAAGAAUGGUUCCAUGGCGUUCUACCAAGAGAAGAAGUUGUACGACUUUUGAGACUUGAAGGAGAUUUUCUUGUCAGAGAAACGACACGUAACGACGAAAGUCAAACCGUGUUGAGUGUUUGUUGGAAUGGACACAAACAUUUCAUUGUGCAAAUAACGGCAGAGGGUCAUUUCCGGUUUGAAGGUCCAAGUUUUCCAAGCAUCCAGGAACUCAUCCUACAUCAAUAUCAAUCAGAAGCUCCAGUUACAAGUCGUAGUGGGGCAAUAUUGAAGAAACCAGUAUUAAGAGAACGAUGGGAACUUAGCAACGAUGACGUUAUUCUGUUGGAUAAAAUUGGCAGAUUGUUUAUAGAAAAUAAUAAACACAAAAAGUAA